AUGGAUGCAGCAACACAGGCGAACGUCCGGUCUUUGUUACAAGCAAUAUCCAAGCCUCACGAAAAUGCAUCAGACGGACUGCAUGUUGCCAACUUCUUGAGGUCCGAGUCACCAACCCGCCACAUUUCUCCCUUAGAUUCGCCCCCACUCUUUCCGCGCGACAGUGGAACGGACAAUCAAUUAGCACGGAAACACGAAAAAAUAUGUGAGAGGACUCCUGGCCUCAAUUGCGCGGCUGACGGCGCCAUAGUACCUACACUUGAGCACGCGGUUGAACAAGUCAUCGAAGAGGAGGAAGGCGGUUUGCAUGGACAGCACAUGGAGGUAGUGAACGGAUGGUGUGCAUACGUUGUUUCUUCGCCGCUGCCCUACCGCUCGGAUUCACCGUCGGAUAACGACGUGGACGAGCUAUGGGACAUGUCACCACCACAAUCACCGCCCACCUCGUUGGCUGCUGAUAAGAUGGUCAUCUCACCUACGCCCGUUCCGGCGGCCAAGACAUACAGGGUCCCCCCUCUCAGUCCCGCCAAUUCGAUGCUCGGGCAACCUCCAUCAACCACCGCAGAGCAUGAUCAAAUCGUGGAUGUAAAGAUACCUCCCGUCAUCGACGCAGUUGUAGACGCAGAUUCGGAAGCGGGUCUCGACGCCACCCUAACGAAGAUUUGUGCGUUGCCUCGUGACCCAGUGGCUUAUAUUUUGGAGGAGAAACUGGACGAAAAAGAUGUACUGUUGAUGGAUGUGCCAGCUCUCCAGCCACCUACGAAACGUCCAAGAACGGACUUUCCACAACGGAUGGCGAACCUGGUGGCAUCAGAGAGGGGAACUAAAGUAGUCACUGGUGUCGUGGAAGAAAAGACCGCCGGCAUGUCGCUAUUUUUGGAACCUGUGAAGGGAUUGAAGGCCUUGUCACUUAAUCUAUCACGGGUGCCAUUUAAAUUCGGACCAUCGAUCCCUACAGACGAAGAAGUUGCAGGGGUCGAUGACGCGUUGGAUGGGAUCAAGGCCGGUACAACGGGUGCUAUCAGUGCUUUGGAUGUCCAAGAAGACAGGGCGAGCGCAGCCAAAGUUUUACGAGGAUUCGAAGGGUUGGGUGCGAGUCCUACCCCAGCAUGCAGACAAUCCAAAGACGAGGAAGUGGAGUACGUGCUUGCUCGGUGGGAGAGGGAUAAGAUUGCAGGGGGAGGGCCAAAUAAAGAGGUUCGGAAUGAGAAUAGGGAAACAGAUGGCACCAGUGCCGAAAAGGCGGAGAUGAACUGGUAUAACGAGGAGCUCGAUGAAUGUCAAGCCGUGGAAGAUAACGACAUGAAUUCAUGCCUUGAUGCAGACCAAUGCUCUGGUUCGGUUGAAUGCGCGGCGCCUCGAGUCAUAACUGCGAAUCCGUCCUACAACGUGGGGUAUGGAGAUCAUUACCGGGGCAAAACAGACGGUGUCAACAUGGAAGAUAUCAGUCGCUUCGGUGGUGUCCACAGAGAUAGGAGCACGCACGGUACUGAGUUUCACCCGUAG